UACAGCCAUUUUCUCUCAGCUGUUCAUUCACUUUAUGGACGCGCUGUUAUAAACGUGUUACACUGUAACGAGCUGUGCUCGGUGAUGUAGCAAUGGCGAAGGCGAACUCGGUAAACUGGUCACAAGUGCUAAGUAGUUGACUGUAAUUCCCUCAUGGACGGACACAAACAAGGAGUCAUGAACUACGCUCGGUAUCUGACGGCUGUCAGUGCAGCCAGGAAGCCGUCGCCCAUCAGGAUGUUGACGGAGCUGCAGCAGCGAUCGCCACCCUCUCUCAUCUCAUUGGCUGGAGGAGCCCCCAACCCAAACACCUUCCCCUUCCAGUCAGCGUCCAUCCUGACGAAGAGCGGACAAAGGAUCGAGUUCGACGAGGCGGUCAUGAAGAGAGCGCUGCAGUAUUCUGCAUCGAGCGGCAUCCCAGAGCUGCUGACGUGGAUGAAGAACCUGCAGAAGAGUCUCCACAGUCCUCCCACAGCCGCCUACCAACCUGAGGAGGGAGGGAUGGACAUGUGUGUAACCACAGGGAGCCAGGAGGGUCUGUGUAAGGUGUUCGAGAUGCUGGUCGGCCCUGGAGACAAUGUCCUUCUGGACACGCCCACAUACGCUGGAACUCUGGCGGCGCUGCAGCCGCUGGGCUGUAACUUGAUCAACAUUCCCAGUGAUCAGUAUGGAAUCAUCCCCGCGGCUCUGAAAGAGAUUCUGUCCCGGUGGGACCCGGCCGAGGUCCACAAGCCGGGCAGCACCGCUCCCAGAGUCCUCUACACCAUUCCUAACGGGGGAAACCCCACGGGAGCCUCCAUGACGACUGAGAGGAAGAGGGAAGUGUACCAGCUGGCCCGGGAGUACGACAUGCUCAUCAUCGAGGACGACCCCUAUUAUUUUCUGCAGUUCCACAAGCCCUGGGCCCCCACCUUUCUGUCCAUGGACGUUGAUGGAAGAAUCAUCAGGACUGACUCCUUCUCUAAGAUCUUGUCCUCAGGGUUGAGGAUUGGUUUCGUGACAGGUCCCAAACCACUUGUGGACCGGGUUGUUCUGCACAUUCAGGCCUCCACCAUGCACACCAGCACCUUCACACAGCUCAUGGUGUCACAGCUGCUGCACAGUUGGGGUCAGGAUGGAUUCCUGCAGCACGUCGAUGGAGUGGUGGAGUUCUACAGGACGCAGCGUGAUGCCAUGAUCAGCUCUGCGGAGAAGUGGCUCAAAGAUCUGGCGGAGUGGCACGCCCCGUCAGCCGGCAUGUUCCUGUGGAUGAGACUGAAGGGAGUCGCCGACACCCAGCAGCUGAUUAUGGAGAAGGCCCUGGAGAAGGAGGUGCUUCUUGUUCCCGGUGGUGCGUUCAUGAUCAACAGUAGUGAGCGGUGUCCCUACGUCAGAGCCGCCUUCUCUCAGGCCACGCCAGAGCAGAUCGAUGAGGCUUUCAGGAGGCUCUCCAGCCUCAUCAGAGAGGCUUCCUGAGUGGAUAUUUGACUGGGACAAUGUUUACAUUCGCACUACCCUGCCCGCUGCUUUUACCGCCCAUAUAAGCUCGAUGAUUGAUGUUACUGUUAGCUGUUUUUAUGGCAUGUUUUGAAUUGGGAUAGAUUAAUAAGAUUCAUUGCUUUAUCAUUAGGUUCACGAGUGUAGCAUUAUUUAUUUAAAAUCAUGUCCACUCCUGUAAAUAACUUGAAAUAACAGAAUUGCUGCCUAAAGAACACAAUAAAAAAGUGUU